AUGAUUCUCAGGGACAAGAAAACAGUGCAGGAACAGGAUCCUCCAAGAGAAGAAACCACGGUUGAAAUAGUUCGGAAAAAAGUCUCUAAUAUGAUGGGCCAAGAGGUUCGAAUCGUUAGUCUUCUGUUGUUCCCUUACACGGACUUCACUCGCGACAAUGGCAACAAUAAACAUGCUAUUAUCACACCAAGAGACUCUCUCGACUUUCGAAUAAUCAAGAGUUUAGCUGCGACACAGAACUUUACCUUCAAGGUUUCUGAGUCGAAAGCAUUUGGCGAUGAAAUGAAUGGAAGCUUCACGGGUUUGAUUGGCCAUCUUCAGCGUGAAGAGGCGGAUUUCUGCACUAUAGUGACACCUACAUCAGGACGACUUAAGGUGACUGACUUUGCAAGGGUUUAUCCUGGCGAUUUAUUUGUUUUAGUUUCUUUGAAGCCUUCUGUGCUGCCCGAACACCUCGCCGUAGUCAGACCCUUCAGAAGCGAGCUUUGGCUGGCACUGCUGGUAAGUGUGGUGGCGUGGGGCGUGGCGCUAUGGAUCCUGCAGAGAGCUUGGAGCUGGGCAGCUGGAGAGAGAAGCAUCAAUUUCAUGGCUGCAUUUCUUUAUGGCUGGGGCGCACUCCUCAACACUCCGCCAUCAGACCCCUCUAUCAAUAAUGCAGGAAGAGUGCUGGUAGGAGUGUGGCUGUUAUUUUGUUUGGUCAUCAGUACUGGGUUUCAGUCUUCCCUGAUUGCCCACUUGACUGUUCAGGACAAGUCUUCAACGAUGGACAGCUUUCAGGAUAUGGUGAGAGAGGGCAACUGGAGAUGGGGUAGUGAACCCUGGUUCUAUAGUGGAUCAGUGUUUGAGUAUUUUUCAAAACAUACAGACCCUGUGAUGAAACAAAUACAUAAAGAAAUGGAGGUGCUAACUUUGAAAGAAGCUCUGAAAAAGGUGCUAGCAGGGAGAUAUUCCAUCAUUGCCGUCAAAAACUACAUAACCGUCAUAGUUAUGUCUUGGUACACAGACGCAGGCGGACAGACACCCGUCUACAUCUCUAACAAGGGAGUGAAUAUUAUAGCUUGCUUCGGAUGGGCGUACAGAAAAGGUUCGCCAUUCAAAGAGCGAUUUAUACAGCUAAUAUCUCGCUUAGAAGAUGCUGGCAUCAUAAAAUACUGGACUGAUGAUGUGAUAGAGAAACGAGUGAAGGAAAAUAGGAAAACUUCUGCGCUAGAUUCUCACCCAGUUUUACAAACCAUAAAAGAGGAAAAUAAUCAAGUGGUUCUUGGAAUCGAUCAUCUUCAAGGAGCUUUUUACCUGCUGUUUGUGGGAUCUGUCAUCGCUCUUCUCACCUUACUGCUGGAGAAACUCACCCAUACCUUCUUCUUGCCUUAG